AUGUGCAACAUUAUUAGUCAAGCUAUUGGUGUGCCGCCGGAAGUAGUAGCAUCAAUCGUGGCAAUACAGGCGGCUGUUAUUGCAUACCUCCACACGAUUUUAAGUAAAGAAGAGGAAGAGGAGGAAUUUGAAAAUUUAUUUCUGUUAAUAGCUGGACAGAAGAUGAUAACUCACAUUCCGAAGACAGAAAACUAUUUUGAAUUAAUUAUUCCCAGAUUUUCACUGUCAGAUUUCAAAUCUCAUUUUAGAAUGAGCAGAACAACGUUCGAGGAAUUGAGUCUCAUGAUUGGACCAGAUUUAAUUACAGAACAAUCAAACGUUCCGGUGAUGAAGAAAUUGGCCAUCGCAAUUUGGAUUUUCGGCAAUCAGGAAGUUCAUCGAUCUGUAGCAGACAGAUUCGGUGUGUCCAAAUCUACUUCAUGGCAGUGCAUGAUUGACGUAGCCACAUUACUCUGUCGGCGUUCACGAACUUUUAUAAAAUGGCCUACAGGACAAGCUAUCGUUGAAAAUCAACUAGAAUUUCAAGAAAUUGCUCAGUUUCCUGGAGUGAUUGAAGCCAUUGAUGGUUGCCAGAUACAAAUUAGUGCACCUCAUGAAAACGCCGAUAGUUAUAUGAAUAGAAAGGGAUAUUACUCCAUUAACACACAGGCAAUCUGUGAUCACAGAAUGCGAUUCAUUGACGUUUACGCAGGUUGCUGCGGAAGCGUCAAUGACGCUAGAGUAUGGAGCUUAAGUGAUAUUAAACAAGAAAUUAUCCGAGAUAAUGCACGCUACUUUCCAGACGAAACCCAUAUUCUUGGAGACAAGAUAUAUCCCUUACUAUUCAAUUUGUUGACACCGUAUAAGGAUUGUGGUCGGUUGACAAGAAUUCAACGGAAUUUUAAUCUUGUGCAUGCCCGAACAAGGCAGACAAUUGAAAGGGUAUUUGCUCUCCUUUUGUCUCGUUUUCGACGUCUCAAAUAUUUGUAUUUACAAAAUAUUGAGUACGCUUCAAUGAUAAUUCUCGCCUGUUGCUGCCUCCACAAUAUUUGUCUAUCACUCAAUGAUUUAUUCGAUGAGGGGGUAGCUGUAGAUAAUAAUGCAGCAGCAGACGAUAUCAAUAAUGUUCCUGAGGCCGUUCACGAAAAUGUCGACAAUAACGAUCAAGAGCUAGAAAAUAUUGGAUUUGGUGGACAAAUGAAACGUGAAAUAAUUGCGAAUGUAUUAUAUCGUAGAGAGCAACAUAACUAG